AAGAUACACUGUAAAUAAUAUAAUAUAUUUAUAUAACAAAGAACAAUUAACUAAGUAUGGCAGAUAAUGUAGAAGAAGAGGUAGCUGCCGAGCCUUUGGCAGAAGCAGCCGUUGUGGAGUCUAAUGCGCCACCGCUUGAAGAAAGUGUAGCAGAGAUUGCAGCAAAGACACAAGAUGACACUGUAGUGGAGCCAACUGUGACUAAGCGCAAGCCAGCCUUUGACGAGGAAGAAGAGCCAGCAAAGCCAAAGGGAGAAGAAGGCGAAGCACAGGUUGAUGGUGAUGGAGCUGAGAUUUCGGUAGAAGAGCUUAAAAGAAUUGAGCAUGAAAAACGAAAAAAGAAACGUGACGAAAGGCGCGAGGCAGACGCUAGGCUGCGAGAUAUUUUGAAAGAGAAUGAGCCUGAGCCUGAACAUGAGCCAGAGCCCAAGAAAAAGCAAAAGCGUGAUACUGAAACUGACAUUGAAGGUGGCGCAGAAGCUGCAGCGGAUACAACUGAAGCUGGCGAUGAGGAAGCUGAAGCUGACACUGAGGCGUUUGAGGCUGCGCCUACUGAUCCUGAGACUGAUGUCGGACAAAGAACCUCAAAGCGAUUGACGCCAUCGAAGAAGCGUGGAUCCGAAGAGCUUGCCACUGUAGAAGAAAGAGGCUCAUUGCUGCUAUCUGGCGAAUACGACCGGCUGUUAAUGGGCGAAGUCAAGGAGGCCACAACUACAUCGUCUGAUGAGGAAGACCACAGAAGACCUUGCUCUGUCUCAUACAAAGCUGAGUUUUUGACAGCUUUUGUUUUGCCCAGCUGGUCAGAUAUUUCAUCUGAAUUGACAGAAGAGGUAGAGGAGCCUGUGGCUGUGGCAACCAAACCAGCAAAGCGACGUGAAACUGACGAUAAGAAGGGCGGCUUUGUAGAUGCCACUGCUGUUGGAGAAGACGAGUCAGGCUCAUCGAAAGACGACGUUGUUGACACCAGUGAAGCGCAAAAAUUAGGCGAAGAAGAAGCUGAAGUCACUGAGAGUUCUACGUCAAUUAGCUUUGAUUGGCCAUUUCCGCUUGAGGAUGAACCGCCACCAGUAGUUAAAGAGCUCGACGAUUUGGAAGCCUUUGAGGUAAUGUUUGAUCUGCAAGCUUCUUUCCAUGUGCCAGAAGAGGAAGCCGUUGAAGGCGAAGAAAUGAAAGCAGUACGUGAAAUGAAUCAAAUAGUCUAUGAGUUUAUUUUCAGACUGAUGGACGAUGUGGUCGAGGCAGCUGAAUAUGUGGAUCCUCUCAAAGUGCUCGGCGCAAAGCUGGACAAACGCAAAAUGAUCGAGGAGCUGUUCACAGCCAUACGACAACAUUGUGCCGUGAAACAGUUCAAUACGCAGCUAAACAGUAAAAUGUGCGAUUACUACCGCCGUGUGGGUCAGCAGCGAGCAUUUGCCCAGCUGCCGCUGCAGACGCAUAUAAUCGAGAGGCAGCGCUACGCGGAUGCUCUAGCGAAGCUGGAUCAUGCGAAGAAGAAAGCAGUGGAGGCCAAAAAGAAAAAUAGCUAUCUAAUGUCGAGUGUGAGAAUGGAUCUGGACUACUCGCAGUCUAUUGUUUACUCCACAGAGAAUUCGUUUGAGGAUCGCGUGAGAAAAACACUCAUAAGAAAGGAUGAUCAGUAUCUCCCACGCAUUGUGGAGAGUGAGCUGCGUCGCAUAAAGCGAAUGCGCUACGAGAUCAGUGACUGUCGAUUGCCGCUCAUAACGCGACAACAUACGCUGGGUAGACUAAAAGAGCGCAUGGUGGCCUUCGAGCAAAUUACGCCGGAGCUAACCAUGGACUACUAUCUGACUGUCCAGCGUGAAGUCAACAGUCUGGGCAUCAAAGUUGAUGAGCGCAAUGCGGAUCUGGCGCUCAUGCAUAACCGAUGCAUGAAGCAUAUGCAUCAAUCUGCCUUCAUACGCGAGAAGAUCAGCAUGUUGAACGCCACCUUGCUACAAAGCGAAGUUAUACAAAUAAGGAAGUUAGAGAAACGCAACAUACUGCGCGAUAAGGUGCUCAAGCUAAAGCUGGAGCAUUCGCGCUUGAAGGUGCAGAAGAGCAAUCUAGACAAGAAGAGCGGUCUGCUCUAUAAGCCUGCGCUGCUGCACGACUUUGAUGACACGACAGAUUUUGUGGAGAAGAAACGUUGCAGCAUUCAAAAAUUAAAGCGCAGCAUGCAUGAAAUACUUAUGCGCAUUAGCUUUUAUGAAUCGAACACUCGCAGCAAUGUAGCGCCUGAAGCGAUACGUGAAUUUAGGGAGUCGCUUAAGAAGGUUAGUGAUGUAUCUUAAGAUGCAUGAAUUGUAUUAGGUUUGUUUUAAUAGAAAGUGUUCUUCCUAGCUAUAGUUUUCUAUCAACAAGUGUAUACACAUUAAAUCU